AUGGGGUUCAAGGCGAGCAAGGGGUGGUUUGACAGAUUCAAGAGGAGGGCGUACCUUCACAAUGUUAAGCUAAGGGGAGAGGCAGCUCCUGCCGACACAGCAGCCGCAUCAGCCUAUCCCACACAUUUCCAGGAAAUCAUUGAGGAAGGCGGGUACCACCCGAAGCAGAUCUUCAACAUGGAUGAAACGGGGCUGUUCUGGAAGCGCCUGCCUUCUCGCACAUGCGUUUCCACCCAGGAGGCAAAGGCGCCGGGACCCAAGGUUUCAAAGGAUCGGCUGACGCUGCUGCUGGGGGGUAAUCUAGAGGGUGAUGCGAAGCUAAAACCCCUUCUUGUGUACCACUCAGAGAAUCCCAGGGCGCUGAAGGGGACCCCCAAAUCAGCUUUGCCCAUUUUGUGGCGUUCCAACAGAAAGGCAUGGGUCACCCGCGAAGUUUUCAGCGACUAUAUCAGGAGCUACUUUUCUCCUUUUGCGGCUGACUAUUGCCGGGAGAACAACCUGGACAACAAAGUGCUUCUCCUGUUGGACAAUGCCCCUGGCCACCCUGUCAGCAGCCAUGACUAUUCCCACAAUGUCCGUGUUGUGUUUCUGCCUGCCAACACGACUUCAUCAUUGCAGCCUAUGGACCAAGGUGUCACUGGCAAAUUCAAGGCUUACUACCUCCAGCUUGUCAUGAAACACGUAGUCACGAAGAGUGCCGAAGACAACAACAGAAGCCUCGGGGACAUCUGGAAAGAAUUCAACAUAAGGAAGGCUGUGGAUUUUAUUGCUACAGCUUGGUCAAUGGUUACAAAAGAGACUCUAAACGCUGCCUGGAAAAGCUUAUGUCCCAAGUAUGUUGGUGAUCACAGAGCGCUGGCAAAGGAAUUGCCCGCUGCACAUAAGACUAUUGUGGACCUGGCAGCGCAGGCUGGCUUUGAGGGUGUGGAUGAGGAGGACGUGCGAGAGGUGCUUGCGUCUCACACGGAACGCCUUACAAACGAGGAGCUGAUUCAGCUAGAUGAGCAGUGCUUUGGCGGGAAGAGGGAAGAGGGUGAGGGUGAGGGCAAGGAAACGGAACAGAAAGUUAUUGGCAUGAAAACUCUAACUCAAAUGUUGGCGCUGCAAGGUGGCUUACUGUCCGUGACUGGGGAAUAUGACAACAACUUCGAGUGUGCUCUAAACGCAGAAUGGAUGCUCGGUGAAUUGAUGGAGCCCUACACGUUUCUCCGUGACAAAAACCAGAGGGAGGCAAAGCAGCCCACAGUCCACGAUCCUUUUCAUAGGCAAGCAAAAGACAGCACUUCUGAUCUCGAAGCUUUGCCUUCCACAUCUGGUUAUGUUCCUCCCGAAAAGGCAGUUGCCAUCAAGGAAGAGAUCGUGGUCAUUGAGGUGAACGCGGAAGAAAUGGAAACUGAACCUGCAGACAGAACUGAUUCGUAG